ACUCCUUUUAAUUUUGGCAUGAAUCAUAGAACACCACCCUACCCCGCUGGGGAUUAUUGUCUUCUGUGCAGAAGCGAGCGGAAAGAUUCUUCAUUCUUAGAGAGUGGAAUUAAGACUGCGAGCAAAUUGGCUCUUUCUAUGGCUUCCAAGGGCAACAGCAUGCUGCACUUGCCACUGUGGGUAUGCCCGGACUGCCGGCGGACUGUGGAGAAGGAGGAGAGGCAUGGCAGCCUCGACCAGCCAGCGAGCCAAGACUUUCUUCUUCACUCCCCUCUUGGUGGGUCACACCCGGAAACAGGCGGCGGUGGGAGGCUAGCUCUUGGUGCUCAGACGCUGCCCUCGGCGGGGCUGGGCGGUGCUGCCCCCACGGACACGGCUUGUGCCUGCGAGGCCUGCAGCGAGCGCAGAGAGAUUUCAGCAGAGACGGACCGAGAACCUCAGCAGCUGCAGAACUACUGGUCGGAGGUGCGCUACAUGGUCCGCUGUAUUUACCGCCAGGCAGGGACCCCACUGGCAGAUGACCAAGAUCAGUCUCUCGUGCCCGACAAGGAGGGGGUGAAGGAGCUCGUGGAUAGGCUCUGUGAGAGGGACCCCUACCAGCUGUACCAGCGGCUGGAACAACAAGCCAGAGAGUAUGUGCUGGAGAUGAAGGUCCGACUCCUCCGGCAGUUGUCGGCUGCAUCCAAAGUGAAAGCGCCGUCUGCCCUGCAGGGCCCUCCACAGGCGCACCAAUUCAUCUCCCUCCUUCUCGAGGAGUAUGGCGCCCUCUGCCAGGCGGCGCGCACCAUCAGCACCUUCCUUGGCACUCUGGAAAACGAACACUUGAAAAAGUUCCAGGUGACAUGGGAACUCCAUAAUAAACACCUAUUUGAAAAUUUGGUCUUUUCGGAGCCACUUCUCCAGAGCAACUUGCCAGCACUGGUGUCGCAGAUCAGGCUGGGGACCACGACGCACGACACCUGCGAUGAGGACACAUACAGCACCCUGCUGCAGCGGUACCAGCGUUCCGAGGAGGAGCUGCACAGGGUGGCCGAGGAGUGGCUGGAGUGCCAGAAGAGGAUCGACGCCUACGUCGACGAGCAGGUGACAAUGAAAACCAAACAGCGCAUGCUAACAGAAGACUGGGAGCUUUUUAAACAAAGGCGAUUCAUCGAAGAGCAGUUAACUAAUAAGAAAGCAGUCACUGGUGAGAACAACUUCACAGAUGCCAUGAGGCACAUGUUGUCGUCCCGGCUGAGUAUGCCUGACUGCCCCAACUGCAACUACAGGAGAAGAUGUGCUUGCGAUGACUGCAGCCUCUCACACAUCCUUACUUGUGGUAUCAUGGACCCCCCCGUCACUGGCGACAUCCACAUUCACCAGCUACCACUCCAAGUGGAUUCUGCUCCCGACUAUCUCUCUGAGAUGCGCCCACCUAGCGUGUCAUCAGCAAGCUCAGGGUCAGGUUCCAGCUCUCCCAUUACAAUUCAGCAACAUCCCAGACUCAUCCUCACAGACAAUGGCUCUGCACCAACUUUUUGUAGUGACGAUGAAGACGUUGCACCAUUGUCAGCUAAAUUUGCUGAUAUUUAUCCGUUGAGUAACUAUGAUGAUACCGAGGUGGUGGCCAACAUGAAUGGAAUCCACAGUGAAUUGAAUGGUGGCGGGGAAAACAUGGCUCUGAAAGAUGAGUCCCCUCAGGUAAGCAGUACCAGUAGUAGUUCUUCAGAAGCUGACGAUGAAGAGGCUGACGGCGAGAGUAGUGGGGAGCCACCAGGAGCCCCAAAGGAAGACUCGGCUCUAGGGAAUGGGAGCCCCAGGAAAGAGGAGAGUAAAGUGGACAGUCCACCCCCAUCUUACCCAACUCAGCAGGCUGAACAAGCUCCAAACACUUGUGAAUGUCAUGUUUGUAAACAAGAAGCUUCUGGACUGACAGCAUCAGCAAUGACAGCUGGAGCACUUCCUCCUGGCCAUCAGUUCAUGAGCCCAGAGAAGCCCACCCAUCCUGCUCUGCAUCUCUACCCCCAUAUCCAUGGACAUGUACCUUUGCACGCCGUCCCUCACCUGCCUCGCCCUCUUAUCCACCCCACCUUGUACCCAGCACCCCCCUUCACUCACAGUAAGGCUUUGCCACCAGCACCUGUUCAGAAUCACACAAAUAAGCAUCAGGUAUUCAGUGCAUCUCUUCAAGACCAUAUUUAUCCGAGCUGUUUUGGGAAUACUCCAGAGUGGAAUAGUUCUAAAUUUAUAAGUCUUUGGGGAUCAGAAGUGAUGAAUGAUAAGAACUGGAAUCCUGGCACUUUCUUGCCAGAUACAAUUUCUGGGAGUGACGUAUUAGGGCCAGCACUCUCAGAAACAAGACCGGAAGCCCUUCCACCUCCAUCUAGCAGUGAGACACCUGCAGUUUCGGAUAGUAAGGAGAAAAAAAACGCCGCAAAAAAGAAAUGUUUGUACAAUUUCCAAGAUGCUUUUAUGGAAGCAAACAAAGUUGUGAUGGCCACCUCGUCAGCCACCUCCUCCGUGUCCUGCACAGCCACCACGGUGCAAUCAAGCAACAGCCAGUUCAAAGUGUCGUCCAAGAGGCCUCCUUCCAUAGGCGAGGUCUUUCACGGCAUCACCAAGGAGGAUCACAGACACGCAGUGCCAGCCGCCCCAAGGAACAGCCCCACAGGCUUGACGCCGCUUCCCGCUCUCGCCCCUGCUGCCCUCUCGCCAGCCUCUGCACCUCACCUUGCAAAUCUUGCAGCCCCAUCCUUCCCCAAAACUGCGACCACAUCUCCCGGGUUUGUGGAUACGCGCAAGAGCUUCUGUCCUGCUCCUGUGGCCCCCCCGCCCCCAACCACAGAUGGCUCCAUUAGCGCGCCUCCUAGCGUCUGCAGUGACCCCGACUGUGAGGGGCACCGCUGUGAGAAUGGCGUCUAUGACCCGCAGCAGGAUGACGGGGACGAGAGUGCAGAUGAGGACAGCUGCUCUGAGCACAGCUCCAGCACCUCCACCUCCACCAACCAGAAGGAGGGCAAGUACUGUGACUGCUGCUACUGUGAGUUCUUCGGGCAUGGCGGGCCUCCAGCUGCACCAACAAGUAGAAAUUAUGCAGAAAUGAGGGAAAAGCUUCGUUUACGGCUGACCAAGAGGAAAGAAGAGCAACCUAAAAAAAUGGAUCAGCUCUCAGAACGGGAGAGUGUAGUUGACCAUCGAAGGGUAGAAGAUUUGCUGCAGUUCAUAAACAGCUCCGAGACCAAACCAGUGAGCAGUACUCGAGCAGCCAAGCGAGCAAGACAUAAGCAGAGAAAGCUGGAGGAGAAAGCUCGCCUUGAAGCAGAGGCCAGGGCCCGAGAGCAUCUGCACCUCCGUGAGGAGCAGAGGCGGCGGGAAGAGGAGGAGGAAGAGGAGGAGCGACUUAAUGAGGAGUUUCAGCGGCUUCAGGAGCUUCAGAAGCUAAGAGCUGUAAAAAAGAAGAAGAAGGAGAGGCCAAGUAAAGACUGUCCCAAGUUGGACAUGCUUGCUAGAAAUUUCCAGGCAUCAACAGAGUCUGUACCUAACUCUGAAAACAUCCACAAUGGCUCACUAGAGCAAACUGAAGAACCAGAAACCUCAUCUUGCUCCCCUUCCAGACAUGUGGACCACACAGAGCCCAGGCUGGGGCCGGGGGCUGAUGGGGAUGCUGCUGACCCCAUGGACACCAGAGACUCCAAGCUCCUCCUCCCAAAGGAGGUCAGUGGGAAGCAGCAGGAGCCGCUGUCUUUUCUCCUUGACAUAAUGCAUCACCACAAAGAGGGGAAUGGCAAACAGAAGCUAAAGCAUACCAAUAAGGCCAGCAGUGAGCUGGUGAGAAAGCCCAUGGAGCCCCCCAGAGCCUCAGAGGGCCAGCCCAGACCCCGGCCCCAGACUGAGUCAAAGGCUAAAGUGCUUGACUUCACUUCCUUGGCAGAGCAGAAAAGAGAGGAGAGAAAAGUCAACAGUAAUAACAAUAACAAAAAGCAACUGAACCACGUCAAGGAAGAAAAGUCGAACCCAGUCCCCACAGAGCCCGCCUCCCCCAGCGAGCAUCUGCAGAACAGCAAGCUGGUGCUGGCAGACUCUCCUCAGCCCAAGGGCAAGAACAAGAAAAAUAAGAAGAAGAAAGGAGACAGAGUCAACAAUUCAAUUGAUGAUGUCUUUCUGCCUAAAGACAUUGACCUAGACAGUGUGGAUAUGGAUGAGACAGAGAGGGAAGUGGAAUAUUUCAAAAGAUUCUGCUUGGAUUCCGCUAGACAGACCCGACAAAGACUGUCCAUCAACUGGUCCAAUUUUAGCUUGAAAAAAGCCACCUUUGCUGCCCACUGAAUGAGGACCACCUGGAGAGGGAUGCGCGGGAGGUGGGCCAGGCCCCGGAGCUGCCAUGCUCGCCCAGGGCUGUGCCGGGUGAGCCGCCGCACCUGAGACCCCCUAGACCGAGAACUUGCUGCUCGACCCGCGUUGUUAGCUCAUGUGCGUGUAGUCUGUGAGUGAGACUUCUUUGAUCGUAGCUCUGUGCUGUCGGAUUGGAACAGUAGCUCCCGCCAGUUCUUCCACCACUGCGGCCUCAGAGGCCUGGGCUGUGACCAGAGAUGAGUUUGCAUCAUCCACAUGGCUCCGUUGCCUCUGCAUCUCGCCUUGUCCUGUCAUCUGUCCCCGCUGGGGCGUCGCUGUCACUCAGCUCUCUGUGCCCCGCAUCCCACCCAAGGCGGGCUGGGCGGGGCAGGCACUCUUCCGUUCUCCUCCACAAUCUACUGUUUAAGAGUGUACACGUUGCGCUGUUUGUGUCUGAUCCCCCUGACUUGUAGCCAGCUUGUGUAAGAUCCCUUGCAGAAUGAGAAAGUUCAAAAACAAAAAUCCCACCCAGUACUCACACCAUCAAGUCUGUUAGAGAGUGUACGACUGUAUUAACACGGAGGCCUGCCUGGCUACUUUUUUAACAUAUUGUUAAGUAAUAUUAAAAUCAUGUCUUUCUUUUUGAAAGAUGGAAUACAUUAGUA